CUAUUUCCGCAUAGCCCAACCGGGUGAGCCUUUCAUUCCUACACCAACAACAUUGUACUAAGAAUCAUCAUCCAUCCCUUUCAAACGCUAACAACUUCACCACAUUGGCACUAAAUCUGACGUGGUCUGUGCUCUUCCAUAGCGUCCAGCCCCCUGACACGGCAUCAUGCCCCGCAAGAUUGAAGAAAUCAAAGACUUCCUGCUGACCGCCAGGAGGAAGGAUGCCAAGUCCGUAAAGAUCAAGAAGAACAAGGACAAUGUGAAGUUCAAGGUGCGCUGCAGCAGGUACCUGUACACGCUGGUCAUCACAGACAAGGAAAAGGCGGAGAAGCUCAAGCAGUCUCUUCCUCCAGGUCUGGCUGUGAAGGAGCUGAAGUAAAUGUACAGAUGAUGGUAAUAAAAAUGCGAAAACUCA